UUCUCUCUCUACCUCUCUCUUCUGCUCCUCCUCCCUCUCUCUCUCUCUUCUCCCCACAGCCGCCAACUUUUCUUGCGCCGCAUCGUCGGCGAUCUCACCGCCGGCGUCCACGCGCAGCGUGCCGGGGCCUCCUCGCACCACCACAUUCUUGUCUUGACGAGAGGCGUGGGGAGCGUGCCUCCUCUUCGCCGCCACCAUCUCGGUGCUGGCGUGCUGGCGUGAACCGGAGAUCCGCCCGGGGCCGGAUCCGUUCUCCUCCUGCUGGUCAACAUCAUGAUGGCUCCAUCGGGGAAGAAGAGGCCGCAAGCUGCAACGACCUUCAUCCUGCUAUGCAUCUUGUCAUCCUUCUGCAUCUGCAAAGCGCAAUUCAAGCCUGCGGACAGCUACCUUGUUGACUGCGGGUCCUCCAAGAGCACCACAGUUGGCCAGAGGACCUUCACCUCCGAUGGUGCAUCUCCGGUGAAGGUGUCCACCUCCCAGGAGAUCCUGGCUGGCACUUCUGCAAAUGGGGUGGCCUCUUUCGACAACUCUGCGCUCUACCAGACUGCCCGCAUCUUCACCAGCCCAUCAUCCUACACUUUCCCUAUCCAGAAGCAGGGUCGGCAUUUCGUCCGGCUCUACUUCUUUCCCUUCACCUACCAGAGCUAUGAUCUUUCGCUCGCUAAAUUCACUGUGUCGACCCAAGAUGUGCUCCUGCUAAGUGACUUCCAGCAGCCUGACAAAACAGCACCCUUGUUCAAGGAGUACUCUUUGAACAUCACCCGUGACACACUCGUGAUUUCCUUCAAGCCGUCAAAUGGAAUUGCAUUCAUCAAUGCAAUUGAGGUGGUCUCUGUCCCAGAUGAUCUCAUCAUCGAUACUGCCCAAAUGGUCAACCCUGUGCAGCAGUACAGUGGUUUGUCUACACAGCCGCUAGAGACGGUGUAUCGGGUCAACAUGGGUGGUCCGAAGGUCACUCCCGACAAUGAUACCCUCUCAAGGGCCUGGGUGACUGAUCAAAAAUACUUGUUGAACCCAACUGUGACCAAACAGGUUGUUUAUGGCAAGGAUGUCAACUAUAAGAAGGGUGGAGCAACUCAGCUGACAGCCCCUGAUAUUGUCUAUGGUACAGCUGCAGAAUUGGCAGCAUCAAAUACGUCCAAUGCUCUUUUCAACAUGACAUGGCAGUUUGAUGUGGAUGCUGGCUUCAGCUAUUUGAUAAGGUUUCACUUCUGUGAUAUUGUCAGUAAGGCACUUAACCAGCUCUACUUCAAUGCAUAUGUUGGAGGUUUCUCUGCGCAAAAUAAUCUCGAUCUCUCAGUAAUGUCUGAUAAUCAGUUGGCUACAGCUAUCUAUAUAGAUGUGGUUCUUUCAUCAAAUGAUGCAUCCAGUAAACUUGGCAUCAGUAUUGGCCCAUCGACCUUGAACAAUGUAUUGCCCGAUGGGAUUCUGAAUGGGCUCGAGGUUAUGAAGAUAAGUACUGGAGGUUCUGCUUUCACUGUUGGGUCUGGCGGUGGAAACAAAAAUUUGGUAGUGAUUCUUGGUGCAGUCCUUGGAGGUGUUGGACUAUUGAUAAUCGUUGUUGUUCUGGUACUUCUUUGCCGGAAGAAAAAGACACUGGAAAAGCAGCAUUCAAAGACUUGGAUGCCUUUCUCUAUCAAUGGGCUCACCUCUCUCAGUACAGGAAGCAGAACAUCUUAUGGUACUACUCUUACAUCAGGGCUGAAUGGAAGCUAUGGAUACCGCUUUGCCUUCAGUGUGCUCCAAGAAGCAACCAACAAUUUCGAUGAGAACUGGGUCAUUGGAGUUGGAGGCUUUGGGAAGGUUUACAAGGGAGUGCUGAGGGAUGAGACCAAGGUUGCAGUGAAGCGUGGAAAUCCAAAGUCCCAGCAAGGUCUCAAUGAGUUCCGCACAGAGAUUGAGCUCCUGUCACGGCUGCGCCACCGCCAUUUGGUGUCUCUGAUUGGGUACUGUGAUGAAAGGAAUGAGAUGAUCUUGGUCUAUGAAUAUAUGGAGAAAGGCACUCUCAAGAGCCAUCUCUAUGGCUCUGAUAACCCCUCACUCAAUUGGAAGCAGCGGCUGGAGGUUUGCAUUGGAGCAGCAAGGGGACUGCACUAUCUUCACACAGGUUCUGCAAAGGCCAUUAUCCACCGUGAUGUCAAGUCUGCAAACAUCUUGCUUGAUGAGAAUCUCCUUGCAAAGGUUGCUGACUUUGGGCUAUCAAAGACAGGGCCUGAGUUGGACCAAACUCAUGUCAGCACUGCUGUGAAGGGCAGCUUUGGGUAUCUUGAUCCUGAAUAUUUUCGGAGGCAGCAACUGACUGAGAAGUCAGAUGUCUACUCCUUUGGUGUUGUUUUGCUUGAGGUCCUUUGUGCAAGGCCAGUGAUUGACCCUACACUUCCAAGGGAGAUGGUGAACUUGGCCGAAUGGGGAAUGAAGUGGCAGAAGAGAGGAGAGCUGCAUCAAAUUGUUGAUCAGAGGAUCUCAGGCACAAUCAGGCCAGACUCUCUGAGGAAGUUUGGUGAAACCGUGGAGAAGUGCCUAGCGGACUACGGUGUGGAGCGGCCGUCAAUGGGAGACGUCCUCUGGAACCUGGAGUACGUUCUGCAGCUUCAGGAUGCGGAUUCCACGGUCUCAGACGUGAACAGCAUGAACCGUAUCGUGGAACUCCCGUCCCAGGUUCAGAAUGUCGGCGCCCUUGAGAGUAUCAGCGUGACAAUGGCGGAAGCUGGAGCUUCGAAUGAGCCUGAUCAUGACCUCUCCGACGUGUCGAUGAGCAGGGUCUUCUCUCAGCUAAUCAAAGCCGAAGGAAGGUAAAGGUGCAUCAGCAUGAGACAGCCUGUAGGGUACUGAGGAAACCUUCAAAGUUAUCUCUUCUUGAAGCUUACUUGAGAGAUCAUCUGUAAUUGUACUUUUUUCUUUCUUUUUGUGCUCUGUAAUUGUACUGAAUCGCAGUCAUGAUUUUUUUUUACAGUUCUAGCUACUGUGAGCCUGCGCGGCUACAUCUUUAGUAGAUAGCAUGUCUCAUUUUGUUACUGGUGAAGUGCUGGAUUUGUGAAACUUAGUACUGCAAUUAUGCAAGCACCCCAGCUUAACAUUCGCAUUUUCUAUGUGUGCUUAACAUUCGCAUUUUCUA